AACGCCCCCUACCUCGCUUCUCAUCUCCAGGCUUUUCCACUCCCAGCUCUACUGGAAGGUCGGAGACACCCAGAAUGGUUCCAAAGCAAGAGCUCAGUUUCCAUCGCCAAAUUCCCGACAGAACCCAGCACCGGAAGAAAGAAGGAGGAUUCGAGACGCCGCCCCCCCUCCCAUUCUUCUCCCGUCUCACCCGCGAGCAGGAGGAAGCCGUCAUCGUCUCCACCCUCGUCUGUGUCCUCUCCGGCUGCUCCACCCUACCAUCCGAUCUCCUGCGCCCCGAGACGUGCCGACUCUGCGGCAUCGACGGCUGCCUGGGCUGUGACUUCUUCGCGUCGGCGAAAGAGACGACGGCGGCGGCGGUGCGAGAGGAGGCCGAGGCGGAGGAAGGCGGGCCAAGGAAGAGGAGGAAGAAGAAGAACAAGUACAGGGGAGUGAGGCAGCGCCCGUGGGGGAAAUGGGCGGCGGAGAUUCGGGAUCCACGGCGGGCGGUGCGCAAGUGGCUCGGGACGUUCGACACGGCCGAGGAGGCGGCGCGGGCUUACGACCUCGCUGCGAUCGAGUUCCGAGGGGCCCGGGCGAAGCUCAAUUUCCCCUUCCCGGAGCAAAUGCCGGAUGACGAAGCGAGUGCUCGUGGUAGUCCCCAGGCAACUACUCCUUCGCCCUCAAAUCAGCACCAACUCGAGCAGCAGCAGCAUGGAGGACAGGAAGGAAAGGAGAUGGAGGAAUUGUGGGAUGGACUGCAGGAUUUGAUGGCACUGGAUGAUGGAGAUCUCUGGAGUGAUAUCAGAGGUGUUCGUCCGCCUCAUUGGAAGUAGCAGUCGUUGGCUUGGAUCACAAAAAUUCUUCUAUUGUUUGUUUAUAGACUUGGGUAGUACUAAUUAGGGAACAAAUUUGAAAGUGUAGAAAAUCCAGAGCCUUUUUUUUUUAUCAAUUCUGGGUUUAAUUUACUUUGCUAUGAAGCAAUCAAAGCCUGAAUGGAAAAAUUUUAGAAGCAUUCGAGUUUUUUUUUCCUUUAA